AUGUUUGCAAAACCUUACAAAUUAAAAUCCAACACUACUUUGAAGAAUUCCGAAAAAAAGCACUUAGCUCAACGUAUCCAAGAUGAGUUCCCUUCGACUACAGAGGAGAAAGUCAAGCAGUUGGUGCCUGUUAAAUCUAGCUGUAUAUGUAUGAAGCUGGUGCUCCACUCUGGCGACACAGUGAACGUUUUCUCUGUAGAUAACGUGCCUAUGUUAAUUGAGACAGAGGAGCGGUUACUUCCAACUGUCUGUGCGCUGUGGAAGGUGCCAGAUCUAGUACCAGUCCUUGUCAUCCACAGUCCUGUGCUGUCCAAGAUCCACGGUGGUGCUCCCUUAUAUCUGCCAGGUGUUGUGACUCCAGAAGGUGGCAAAGGAUUCCCAAUGUUCCAACGAAAUACAGUGAUAGCACUGUGCACACAGGACAAUGCUGCAGCAGGCAUUGUUGGACGUGCUCUUAUUUCCAGUGCAGAUAUGUUGUUACGAGCUGCUGGAGUUUGUUUGGAAACACUUCACGUGAUGGGUGACCAGCUCUGUAAGGAUAUCAAAUUCAAUAAAAUUGAGAGGCCAAAGAUGGGUCCUGCAUCCUACGGUCAGGGUGACCUCACAGACAAUAUCACUGCAGAUGUUAGACAGUUAAGCAUACAACCAACAAUAAAAGAAGAAUGGCCAAGCCUAGGCAAACCAGUGCCACCCCUCGCUCCCGUUGCACCAACGAAAGUGCCAGAACCCAACAUCCCAAUGGUUCCCACACCACCCAGCACAACGCCGCCUGUGCGGAAUGAACCUAAACUUAUCACUGAGUCAUCUAAAAGUGAAGAAGAGACUGAUGUAAUGGAUGAUGAAAUUAAAGAAGAAUCUCCAGAAAGUGAGCAGAUCCCUACGGACGCAGACGGUCUACUGCGAUGGUGCUUACUUUCAUUCCUCAAACUGCAGGCUAAGAGCUUGGAGUACCCGCACAAAACGAACUUGUUGUAUAAGAGUAUGAUGCAACUAUGCCCACCGGAUAGAACUGUCGAUGUAAAGAAGUCCACCUACAAGAAGCUCGGCAAGUUCCUCGAGGCGAUGCAACAGGAAGGCCUGCUAGAAGUGCGCGAGGUGGAGAAGGGCGUGGCGGCGGUGACGGCCGUCAGCCUGGCGCACCCCGCCCUGCGCGCGCACCGCCCCCCGCCCGGGGCCGCCGCGCUCCUCGACCGGGCCGGGCCGGGGGCGGGGGCGGGGGCCGGGGCGGGGGGAGGCGCGCCCCUGCACGGGGACUACGUGCCGCCGCUCGUGAGGGAGAUGUUCUGCGUCACUGCGGCCGUCGCUGACGUACUCGUGCCGAUCAAAAAAGGUACAGCGGUGACCGCUUCGGAAGUGCGCGCGCGCCUCACGGAGUACGUUAAGGUCCAUCAGCUCACCUCCGCGGAGGUGAAGGGCGCCGUCAAGAUGAAUUCUGCCCUCUCUAAAAUCACUGGCAAACCAGAAGGGGAGGCGGUGAAGUGGGAGGAGCUGAUGAAUAGUGCGGUGGGGCGCAUGACGCCCGCCACUGAGAUGCGGUUCGCGGACGGCUCCGUAAAGCUGUCCAAGACCAAGCUGGAGCCCAUUCGCAUGCAGAUCGCCUCCCGCAGCGGCAACAAGAAGGUGACACUGGUAUCGAACCUGGAGGCGUUUGGGUUUAGCCUACCGGCCCUAGGGCAUGUGUGCCAGACAGGUGUGGCUGCAUCUUGUGGAGUCACGCGAACGCCGGGCUCCAAGAGUGAUCAAUUAAUGAUACAGGGAGACCAGAGUCACUUUGUUGCCAAAUUACUUAUUGAGAAGUACGGUCUACCUAAGAAAUAUGUUGAAGGAGCAGACAAGGCGCUCAACAAGAAAAAAUGA